GGCGAACGAACGAAGACACACAGCACCAUGAAGUUAUUGGUUGUAUUGGUCGCAUCGCUGGCCGUGGUGGCCUUUGCCAGCGAGGAGAAAGGCGCACCGAAACAGGCGGCAGCAUCCGAAGACAAGAAACAGGAGAAGAGAGGCAUCUAUGACAUCGGACAUUACGGAGGCGGCGGCGGCGGUGGCGAUGAGGGCGGCUACGGUGGACACGGCUUCGGCGGCGGAGAGAGCAUAAGCUUCGGACACGGCGGUGGCGAGAGCUUCGGACACGGUGGCGGAGAAAGCUUCGGACACGGAGGUGGUGAAAGCUACGGUCAUGGCGGCGGCGACUUCGGUGGCUCCAGCGGUGGAUGGAAACCCAUCUCCUCUGAGGAACACGGACACCAACACCACGAGCACGUUAAGACCAUCGAGGUCAUCAAGAAGGUCCCCGUCCCAUACACCGUUGAGAAACACGUGCCCUACACCGUUGAGAAGAAAGUACCUUAUGAAGUCAAGGUUCACGUGCCCCAGCCCUACACCGUUGAAAAGAAAGUCCCCGUCACCGUUAAGGAGUACGUCAAAUACCCCGUGUACGUGCCUGAACCCUACACCGUUGAGAAGAAGGUUCCUUAUGAAGUCAAGGUACCCGUCGACAAACCUUACGAAGUGAAAGUCAAAGUACCCACUCCUUACACCGUCGAAAAGAAGGUGCCCUAUGAAGUCAAGGUCCCCGUUCCUCAGCCCUACACCGUUGAGAAGAAGUACCCCGUCCCCGUGAAAUACGAAGUCAAAGUACCCCAGCCUUACGAAGUCAUCAAGAAGGUGCCUUAUGAAGUGAAAGUUCCCGUGGACAAGCCUUACAACGUCUACGUGCCCAAACCUUACCCAGUACCUGUUGAGAAGCCCUACCCAGUCACUGUUCACAAGCCGGUGCCCUAUGAAGUCAAGGUCCCCGUUGACAAGCCCUACAAGGUGGAGGUGGAGAAGCCCUACCCCGUGCACAUCAAGGUCCCAGUGCCCAAGCCUUAUGACGUGUACAAGAAGGUCCCCUACACUGUUGAGAAGAAGGUUCCUUAUGAAGUGAAAGUGCCCAUUGACAAGCCCUACCCCGUCUACAAGGACGUGCCAUUCCCACUGGUGAAGGAGGUGCCUUACCCCGUGAAGGUGCACGUACCCUACUACAUCAAGAAGGAGGAGGAACACCACGACCAUCACCAACAGCAGCAGCACGGCUGGCACUGAGUGACGUUAGGCUAGGUCUCACCUUGUACCUUGUAGGUUAAGUUCAGAAAUGUGAUCAAUUAGUAUUUUUAGUGUAUAUAUAUUUUUGCUAAAUUUGAUGAAUGUUGGUGCUGUUCGCUCACAGUCUCGGUUGUGAAGUCGUGAUGGCAGCCAUGUUGCGAUGUGUUUGCUGAACGAAUACGAAUUUUUGCUCUAACUUAAACAGUCGAGUCACAUCGAUUUUUUUAUUGUUACCAUUUUUUUAACGAGAACUGACUAAAACACAUCUAAA